AAUAAAAAGUGGAUUAGCAGGAAAUGACCAACUUUACUAAAAGUGAUAGUAUACAUUUGUACUUAUCGUAUAUGUAGAGACUCCGUCACUGUUUACAUCUACCACAAGUGCUGCACAAAUCCGAAAUCCGAGAGAGAGAAGCGGUGGAGGGGUCCAUCUUUCCUCAAGGUAUGGAUGGCUAUGGCCAUAUGGGCCAUCCUUUAGCAGCUCAAGUUUUUAUUUCCUUUUAGCUUUCAUCUCAAUCUACAUUCAUAGCUAUCUUCUUCCUCUUGAAUUUCACUUAUGCUAAGUUUCGGAUCUUAAAACAGAAGCUUCCGUUUCUGUUCUUCAGGAUUCAGUUGAAACCCCCUUUAAUUCAGCAGCUGGCUGUCUGCAAUGGGGAAAAAAUCUCCUGCCAAGUGGAUCAAGGCCGUGCUUUUUGGGAAGAAAUCAUCCAAGUCUCAUUUAUCUAAGGAUGCUUCCGGUGAGAAAAUAUGUUCUGCAAAAGCGCCGGUGGGGGAUCUCUCUCUUGAUUCACCAACUUUGGAUCCACCAGUUGAGAAUUUUGAUAGUGGUGGUGACCAGGCUGGAUUGGAAAAGGGUACAAGCACUGACUUUGCAUGUGAAACCGCCUCAUUAUCCUCUGCAACACUCGAUAUAGAUCCGCAUGUGAAUGGGGCAAUCUUCAUAGAUGAUGCUGUGCUGAAAAGACAAGAGCAUGCUGCCACCAUAGCACAAGCGGCCUUUAGGGGUUACUUGGCUCGUCGGGCUUUUCGAGCUCUCAAAGGCAUCAUAAGGCUACAAGCUCUUAUUCGUGGGCAUUUGGUAAGGAGACAGGCAGUUGCUACUUUACGGUGCAUGCAGGCAAUUGUCAGGAUUCAGGCAUUAGCUCGUGGCUGGAGGGUUAGACUCUUAGAUCCUGGGCAUCAGUUGCUUGGAAAGUAUAGUUUUGAGGAACUUAAGGAUCCUGAGCAGAGGCCUGCAAAAUUGACAGCUUAUGCAUUUCCACGCAAGCUUCUUGUGGCAGUGCCAACAGCCAUACCUUUGAGCCUUCAGUAUGAUGAGUGCGAACCUAAUUCAGCUCGGCAGUGGCUUGAAAGAUGGUCACUUUCUCGCUUUUGGGAACCACUUCCACAGCCAAAGAAAGUAGUUGGAGCAAAGUCGCUGAAGAAGCAGGGUAACAAGGUGAGUGUUGAAACAGAAGCAGUAAGACCAAAACGAAGUGUCAAAAAGGUUCUUACAGCAUCAAAUGGAGAUGCUUAUGCUGUAAGUUCUUCUGAACCAGAAAAGGCUAAACGCAACCCCAGGAAAUUUUCGAAUCAUCACAUAGAGCCAGUGCAGGAUCAGCCUCAAAAUGAACUUGAAAAAGUCAAGCGCAAUUUAAGAAAAGUUUCUGCAGCUUUGGCAACACCUUCAGAGAGGUCAGAAACAGAAACUGAAAAGGUGCAACAGACUCCUAAUCUGGCUCAGGCUCAGGCUAUAACAUCAAAAUCCUUAGCUCCAGAUGUCGUUGAACAAGUGGUGGUUAAUUCUUAUGAGAAAACGAGUGAUUCAGCUCCUGAAAUCGAGAAAUUGGCUGUAAUUGAAGCUCCUUUACCUGUAGCAGUGGAUGAGCCAGCUGAUGUACUGCACGAUCAUCCUACCUCUGAGCAGCAGCAGUCGGAGGAUGUUGGGAACACUGCAAACAGCACAGUUGUCAAUGAGGAACUUAGCUCGAUGGAAGAUCAGACUACCAAAGAAAGAACUAGGAGGAGGAAAUCUCUUCCCACUAAGCAGGACAAUUCUGAGAAUAUUUCACAGAAUACACCAAGUGUGCCUAGUUAUAUGGCUGCCACUCAAUCUGCUAAGGCAAAGCUUAAAGCUCAAGGAUCUCCCAAGGUAAGUGAUGAUGGAGCUGAAAAUGGGUUUGUCAGACGUCAUUCUCUACCAUCCUCUGCCAAUGGCAAAUUCAACUCAUUGUCACCUCGGAUUCAAAAGCCAGGGCAAGCAAAUGGAAAAGGUGGAAACAAGACCAGACCAAUGUCUUCCUUGAAAGACGAAAAGGUGCUUCCUGGUUGGAGGAGAUGAGUUCAACAUUCUGCUUACUCAAGGAACUUUAGUACUGCAUGUGUGUUGACAUCAAUUGUUUCUUCUGUUAUUUUCUGUAUUAGGUUAAAUUUGCAAAUUCCAAAUAACCGUCAUUUGAUAUUAUAAGUAUCUUUAUCAUGUUUCUAUUAGUGUUGUUGGGGUGUUUGCAGUUAUUGUAUAGUUGAGACUCUGUACUUCGUUUAACAGGAUUCCCAUGAUAUUCUUUAUCUUCCUUUCCUU